ACGCAGGUCGCGGGGAUCAGGGGAGAGGAGGGGGCAGGAUGGCGGGGGGGUGGGGGCAGAAAAAGCAAAGGGGAAAAAAAAGCCCCUGCGCAUUGAUCCGCGCCGUAUUUUUGGGUAAAUACGAUCACGUGGGGGCCGGGGAGCCAAUGAGCAGCGGGGAAAAGGCUGGAAAAAUAAUUACCUGCCUUGAUUGUUCUGUGAGCAGAUAAAAAGUACAUAUACAGUUCAUACAAUAAUCUUAUGUAUGUAAAACCCCGUUACGAUGUCGGCGACGGGGCCCAUCAGUAACUAUUACGUGGACUCGCUCAUCUCGCACGACAAUGAAGACCUCUUAGCGUCCAGGUUUCCGGCCACGGGGGCUCACCCCGCCGCCGCCAGACCCAGCGGGCUGGUGCCGGACUGUAGCGAUUUUCCGUCCUGUAGCUUCGCGCCCAAGCCGGCCGUGUUCAGCACGUCGUGGGCGCCCGUGCCCUCGCAGUCGUCCGUGGUCUAUCACCCCUACGGCCCCCAGCCCCACCUCGGCGCCGACACGCGCUACAUGCGGACUUGGCUCGAGCCGCUGUCCGGCGCCGUCUCCUUCCCCAGCUUCCCGGCCGGGGGCCGCCACUACGCCCUCAAACCGGACGCCUACCCCGGGCGCCGCGCCGACUGCGGCCCGGGCGACGGCCGCAGCUACCCGGACUACAUGUACGGCUCGCCCGGGGAGCUGCGCGACCGCGCCCCGCAGACGCUGCCCUCGCCCGAGGCGGACGCCCUCGGCGGCAGCAAGCACAAAGAAGAGAAGGCCGACCUGGACCCCAGCAACCCCGUGGCCAACUGGAUCCACGCCCGCUCCACGAGAAAGAAGCGCUGCCCCUACACCAAGUAUCAGACGCUGGAACUGGAGAAAGAAUUUCUCUUCAAUAUGUAUUUAACCAGGGACCGUAGGUACGAGGUGGCCCGAGUUCUCAAUCUCACCGAGCGGCAGGUCAAAAUCUGGUUUCAGAACCGGAGGAUGAAGAUGAAAAAGAUGAAUAAAGAGAAAACCGACAAGGAGCAAUCCUAAAACCCUGUCCCCCAGCCUGCUGCCUGGGCACAGCCAAGGAAAAA